AUGGAAUCUCUCAGCCAAACAAAAUGGGAUGUCGUUAUAUCCGGCACGGGACUCCAGCAUUCUCUGCUUGCCUUAGCCCUGUCCCGAUCUAACAAGAAAAUCCUCCACGUCGACCCGAACGAAUACUAUGGCGGCGCUGAAGCUGCGUUCAGUCUGCAGGAGGUCGAUGAGUGGGUAGAGAAGGUCAAUCAAGAUCCUUCCAAGCCAUUUCGAAAUGCCUCUCUGUGGAAGCCGGCCGUCGAAUCUCCGAAUGAGUCCAAGCUGUCGUUCUCAAGGGCAUACUCCCUGACCCUCUCGCCGCAAAUCAUCUACACAAGAUCAAAGCUUCUCUCCCAGCUUGUAGCGUCGAAGGUCUACCGCCACCUCGAGUUUCAAGCAGUUGGCAACUGGUGGAUCUUCGAUGGACAAGAUGGCGCACCCUUAAAGCGUUUGCCAAAUGGCAGGGAAGAUAUAUUUCAAGACAAGAACAUCGAUAACCGUGCAAAGCGAAGCUUGAUGAGGUUUUUAAAAUUUGUCGUCGACUACGAGAACCAAACUGAGGUCUGGCAAUCCCACAGUGAUAGUGGGCUUGCUGGGUUCCUCUCAUCGCAGUUCCAGCUCCCUCCAAACCUGCAGAUCGUCAUCGCCGCGCUGACUUUGUCACUGGAUCCUCCCGAUAUCAUCCCUGUGAAGUGGGCUUUACCGCGUGUCUCUCGACACCUCUCCUCGCUUGGCGUCUUCGGACCUGGGUUUGGAGCUGUCGUAGCGAAGUGGGGUGGUGGUGCUGAGAUAUCACAAGUCGCUUGUCGAGCCGGAGCUGUUGGAGGCGGUAUCUAUGUACUUGGAACUGGUGUCACGAGCUACAAGAUCUCGUCCGACGAAGAACGUACUGAAGUACAUCUUUCAAAUCACGAGGUGGUCAAGACCAAACAUCUAGUUCAGGCUCCCGAUAGUCCUUCACUAGACGCCAAACUUGUUUCCAAGGUUGUCGCCGUGGUUUCAUCGCCUCUGACCUCGCUGUUCAGGAGCUCUGUCGAAGGCUCCCCCUUGGCUGCGGUCUCAGUCGUGCUAUUUCCUCCGAGCUCACUUGCCGUCGAAGGCGUAUCUCAACCCAACCCUGUUCACCUGAUGGUACACUCCAGCGAAACCGGCGAAUGUCCAAAUGGUCAAUGUGUUAUUUACGGCACGACCUUGCAUUCUGACGAUAGCAAAUCACACCUCGAGACUGCCUUGGCGACCUUCCUCAAAUCUGCCGAAGAGGGUGGGGAUGCUCUGUAUAUCCUCUACUACGAGCAAGAGCAGACUUUCAAGUCUAGCGGUGAACUCUCCGAAGCUUCCAUUGACCUGGCCUUCAACGAUGAAAUGCUCGAAGAGGUCGAGACGCAAUGGAAAUCAGUUAUAGAAGAGGCAGAUAUGUCUUCCUUCAUGCGAUUUGAGGAUCGGGAGGGAAUUAAUGAAUAUGAUGAUGAGGAUGUCGAAGAAUUUUAA